UGCCUGAAGGCGUCGUGAAGUUGCGUGUUUCAGCAUCUAAAAGCUCCCAGCUCAUUUCUAGAAACAGUGACAUACUGAGGCUGUUGUAAUCCUCCAUACCUCCCCUCUCUCUCUCUCUCUCUCUUUCUUUCUCUCUCUCUCUCUGCUCCACCUACCCACAAACUCUGCUCUGUUUUCCUCCCUCUCUCUCUCUCUCUCUCUCUCUCUCUCUCCCUGCAGAGCAGAAAUGCAGCAGAGCUUGAUCUGACUUGUCCUCUGCUGCUCAAACUGUUUUCCUCCUCCUCGGAACUUAUCUGUGUGCUCUACUCACGCUGUGAUAUGGCAAUUUCUGUUUCUCUCCAGUGUCUGGGACUCAUCAUACUCGCAGCAAUCCUCCUGCAGACCAUCGCGGUUGCUGUCAGCUUCAUGUACUUCAACAAAGUCCUGAACACGAUGCAGGAGAGUUUCUCCCGGAGUAGCGUUUCCUGUCUGAUUAAUGCAAACCUGCGCUCCGAGUCCGAAGAUUCAGCAGAGGAUAAGAAGAGCGAUCCCUGCUGGCAAGUCACGAAACAGCUCCACUACCACAUAGAGAAGACGAUGGCUGACAGAUUCCAGAAGGAGAUGAGAGAUAAGCUGACAGGAGUGCUUCCAGUCCUGGACCCUGAGGUCCGAGGGGUCCCUCUUCCUAAAGUUGCUGCCCAUGUGACCGGCAUCAGCUCGUCCACAGAGCUUCCAACAACAGACGGCUUGCGGAGCAGCAGGGGCUACCUCGGGGAGCGAAUCAGAGCGUGGGAGGGCCAGAGAGGUCUGUCCUUCCUGCAGAACAUGGAGCUGAGAGGAGGAGAGCUGUUGGUACCCAGAGCCGGCCUCUACUACAUCUAUGCCCAGACCUACUUCAGACUGCCCUCCACGGAGGAGACAGACGGGGAGACCGGGGAGGCAAAGGAGGAGGAAGGAGCGCAGCUUGUCCAGUACAUCUACAAGAAGAUGAGUUCCUAUCCGGUCCCCCUCCUGCUUAUGAAAUCGUCCCGGAGCGCCUGCUGGCCUCGGGGUCAGGAACCUGGUCUCUUCUCCCUGCAUCAGGCCGGUACUGCCUUUCUGAAGCCUGCUGACCGCCUCUUCAUCACCGUUAGCAACGCGAGCGCCAUGGAGAUGGACGGGAGGGCGAGCUACUUCGGGGCCUUCCUUGUGGGGUAAAAAAGAGAGGGGAAUCUCGGACAAGGGUGUCCGGGACUGGGAUGACUUGAUGGACGUCUACAAAAGUUUACCCAAAUGUCAGGAGUUUGCUUGGAAAUAAGCAGCUGUCUGUCUGAGGAUACAGUGUUGAAGAAGAACAAACUAUGAGGAGUGCAAAGGACUUCUUCCAGUGGCGGACUCAAAGUGACGAAGAAGAAGUCACAGUUAAACCCCACACCAGAUACAAACUCUGUUUUCAAGGCUGGUAAACAGAAUGCACAGUAUGAGCAAACACGGAUUACAUGGUGCAUUCACAGCGAGGAACAUUCGGAGCAGCACAAUAGACGCAGAUUAAAUGUUGCUCUCUCGUGUUUGAAUGACUUCUAUUGAGAGCAGACUGAGCUGUUUUGCCCGCAGGUCAAACAAGUCAACAGACGGCUUGUCUUCUCCAGGAAAUGACAGCGCUGUCGGACCCUUAACCGGUCUUUUACUAAAAAUAUGUAUCAAGGAUGCCACAAGACAAGAUUUUAGAAGUUCAAUAUUAUGAAUGAAGCUUGUUUGUUUUUUGUUUACAGCACAUAUGGUUGAAUUUCUCUUUGUGCAAUGUCUUGAAUGAAUGUGUGGCAUGACACAGAUCACGAUGCAGCCUCAACGAGAAGCGAGAAUGGAAUAUGACACAUUCACACUUCUGUAUUCUCUACAAACCAAUCCAGAUUUUCUGCAGUGAUGUAUAAAUUAUUCCUGGCACAAAGUCAAACACGUUCAACAGUGUGUGUUUAGUCCUUGAUUCUGUUUGUGACAAUCAUGGACGGGAUCUGAAGGCCGGGGUUGAGGAGGGUGUCCCGGUUCGGGAACCUCCAGAAUUGCGUCUUGAUUCUGUCAGGUUUCAUCAGGCCGUGAGAGUCGGCACCGGAUGGCCCCUCCGGGGGUUUGGAGUGAGCAGGUAGAGCCGCUGCUCCUUCAUGUUGAAAGGAGCUAGCUGAGGUGGGAGGAUGCUCGCUGGAUGCCUUCCUUUGGAGGUGCUCAUCCAACCUGGUAGGAGACUCUGGCCUGGGAAUAACUCGGGAUCCCCCAGGAGGAGCUAGAAUGCGCUGCUUGGGGAGAGGGAUGUCUAGAGCACCAUGGCCCGACCCCGAUAAGUCGAAGGAAAUAGAAAUGGAAUGUAAAAAUGAAUCAACAAAUGGUUGCUUCAAAAGAUUGUUGUUGUUUGAUUUCCAGGUCUUACAAUACAAUAAGACAAAAGCACAAACAAUCCCACGUUCCAUCAUUUAUUAGCCAGGGUUGCUGGCAUCGUGGCUCUAGGGAUGGUCAAUAUCUCAGCAGCUAUUUAAUAAAACUGCCAUGAAAAAGUUCAUUGUUCUUGGCAAUCCUGACUUUCCUCUAGCGCCACCUCGAGGUUAAAAGUGGUGGUGAUGGUUGGUGGCUUUGAGUGAAGAACUGUUGGAUGGAUUUCUGAGAUUUGGCGCACACGUUGAGGUCGUCAACAGGACAAAUUUGAGUGACUUUGCUGAUUCUCUAACUUUUAAUUUAGCACCAUUCAUGUCAUUUUUAAAAAUUUGUUUGAUAUCUAAAAAACUAAACAACAUUCCUAUCAAAUGUUUGUUGUAUUUAGUGCUUAUUUACUUGUUUUACCCGUGAUUGGUUAAAAUUCUUAAUAUUUUUAACUACUUUUAAAGUUUUUAACCUGUUUCUGUCCAUUGAUUUUAGGUUUUUCCUCACUCCAAUUCUCAAUUGAAUGAAUCACGUCACCAGGGACGGACAAUAAUUUUUCAUUUUUCUGAUUCUUCCGCCGCUCUGUACCCCUCCACACAAAAAGACACCCAAACUGAAAAAGUAAAAAACUAUCAUUUAAUACAUGUUUGUAUUACAUGUUUCCAUAUUACGGCAGUGAAUGUUUCAGCAAUAAUAAGAGUCACUCCUCAAACAAGAGUUUUUACAUAAAAAAAAAAAAAGAAACCAAACAAACAAACAAAAAAAAAAUACCAAAAACUAAUCAGGGUUCAAGUAAUGCCCAACAGAAAACAUUUUUUUGAAACAUUACACAACGCAGGAGGAUAGAUCAUAACUGCUGAUCGAACUGUGAAUCCACCUGCUGCUUCCUGGUCUAUGAGUGGAGAACCAAGGUGUUCGUUUGGUCUGCCCCAAGUCCUCUCUCUCUUUCUCUCUCUCUCUGUCCUUCAGUCUCUUUUUGGUCACUAUGACUGGUGACUGACAAAAUGUUGUAGUUACAGCUGAGACAAUAAAACACAAACACAGACAACACGCAGCCUCUUUGAGUUAUGGGAGGGCUUCAAGGUGCUUUAACCAAAAAAAAAAAAA